CCAUCUCCUAAAUGACGCACUCCUUAAGCCCGUGCACUGAUGGCAGCCCCUCACUGUGUGGGGUGGCUGUGCCACAGCCCGUGGCCAACAGCUGCAACGAGCCCUGCGUGGUGCAGUGCCCCGACUCGACGGUGGUCAUCUACCCUCCGCCAGUGGUUGUCACCAUCCCUGGACCAAUCCUUACCACCUUCCCACAGCAGAGCACCGUGGGGUCCGUGGGAGCCCCUGAAAUUGGAAGUGGCUUCAGUGGUGCCCCAGCUCCUGGGGGCCUGCAGGUCUCUGGGGGAGCCCGGUGGGCUCGGGGGUACCCAGUUGGGAGCUGCAAACCGUGCUGAACCUGGUGAGGAGCUGCUGGAAGAGGAACAUCCAGGGAAUGCUGAGCAGAAUGUAGACCUGUAGCUAAAGCUCCAGCAUUUGGAAGAACCAAAGAACCUUUGAGGCUGUCAGUGAAGUUAAUCUGCAGAUGUUCCAAUCUUCUGAAGAACAAGAAUCCAUUCACAUCCUCCUCAUAUUACCCUUUGCUUUCUUUUGCUUUCCCAUCUUCCUAAGUGCUCUGUUCUCAGUGCAGUGGACUGAGUUUGUAAUCCAGUAGGAUGCCUGUAGGUAUCAUUGUGACAGUGUGUAGGGAUCAAGCAACAAUCCCAUUUUAGCUUGCUUUGUCAGUGCUUUCUGUGGGUAAUGAGGUGUAAGAAAGGGUCUUGGAAUCAACCAGCCCAUGCUCUGUGCUUUACGUCUGUCUCUGCAAUAAAGAAACAGCACCAGCUAUUACAUGAAUCACCUCACAUCAAAUCACAGGUUGCAAGCAAUUUGUAAUCUGCACCAUAUAAUUCUGCCUCUGUAUGAUCUGCUUCUUUCUCAU